CCUGUACGUUUCCCAGUACUGAAUCCAUUUGCGUAUCAAGAGAAAAAGAAAUCUGCGAAACAAUAACAAUUAAAUGCAAGUCGUGCAACACACAAUGCUCUGUAGCGACUGUAAUGGCAAGUAGCUCCACCUCCAGCUCCGAUGAAAGCUGCAAGGCGCCCGACAACUUCCGCAUUUCGAGUGCCUCCACAAACGGAGAGGACGAUGAUCCCAGCGAAGUAGCAGGAUAUAAAGCAACAACAAGGGGAAAACCACAUACGGAUGUUACUGUUAAAAGAAAAGAAGGAUGCACCAAAGAUGCAGCAGCUCCAGCAGCGGCUGCCGUUGGCUUGCGGUGCCCACUCUGUCACAGUUGCAGUGCCAGUCGAUUCCAGUGUCGCAAUUGCGUCAGAAACGGAAACAUUACUCACAGCCAGGCGGAGAGGCCAGAAAGUUUGACGGAAAAGCAGCAGCGCUACAUCAACCUCCAGGCUGGCCUAAAGAAUUUCAGCAGCCGAUAUGAGCGUCUAAUUGAUCAGCAUCGUUCCCACGAGGAUCGCCUCAUGGCCAUUAAAGCAAAGAGGAAGCAGCUGGAGCUUCUUCAGCAGCUCGUUGGAAGUACGAGCCAAAGACUUAGGACCCUGGGCGAGCGACGAGACGAACUGCGCUGGGCCAACGCCGAGAAACGGAAGAACCUGCCCAAGUAUCCAGACAAAGUUAAAAUGCUGGAGGAUUACGUACUAGAUAGGGUGGAGACUAUAGACAAGCUGAGGAACACGCACCAGGGCCUUCUUGACAGCAUCAAGCAAGAAGCUCGACGAGGCAUCCAGCAGCUGGUGUCCUACGUCUUCCCCAUAUCAGAGGUGGUCCUCAAGGAAGAACAGCAGCGAAAAGCUAGCGUGGAGCGCAGUGAGGAGGCGGAAACCAUUGCAGCUUUGGCGGACGCAAAAAACACUUCGUACAUUCGCGGCAAAUGGGUGUUCCAUGGCAGCGGAAUCAGCGAGGUUCAGUACAGAAUUGUGGGGCCCUCCCUGCCCGCAAACGGCGAUUAUACAGCCUACCUGGACUGGUUGGCGGAAAAUAAAGACGAUGUACCCAAGUCAACGGCGAAUGAGAUUACACCCAGUAAAAUCGAAGCCUACCGAAUCGUCGGUGCUCUUACCUACACCGCGCAGCUGACGCAGCUACUUAGCUUCUACCUGAACGUCCGCCUGCCGUACAAGAUCGCAUACGGCGACUUCUGCCGCAAGGUAUUGAACGAGGAGCAGUUCCGGCGCAAGAUCUCGCGCCUGAAUUCGAAUAUCAUGUAUCUGGCCUACACACAGCAGGUAAAGCUGCGCGCUCUCAACGAGCAACACACGCUGGAGAACCUCCUGGCCAUCCUCGAUCUGGAGCGAAGCGAUCUGGGCAGGUUCGGCUACCUGGAUGUGACCAAUGCGCCACUCAUGAAAUCGGUGGACUCUCUAUUGAUCGGCAUUGAGACGGCCACGGAAUCGGAGUCGGAAGACGAAAAUUCUCUGCGAAUGGACUGGGAGGCUGUGCCCAGCCAUACCCAGCAGCCGGAGCUAGCAGAACCGAAUUUAAUGCCCGCGUCUGGACAGCAAUCCACCAUUGCUUUCGUUCGCAUGGCAGCCACCUCGGUACUGCGAUGGAUUAAGUGAGAAACUGAAGUCCCCUUUCAGGACUCGUCCUCCGGCGAUAUCAUCAGGCACGUGUGUUAUUUUUUACAAACUAGGCUAAGUUAUCGUUUCUGUGACAGCGUGCUGGUUUUAGCGUUUAGCGUUAUCUUUUUGGUUUACAGAACUAAUUUGUAUCAUUAAUACAUACAUAUAUACAUAUAUGCUGCGUGUGAAAGAAA